UCUAGGUUCCCAUCCUUCUCCUCUUCCCAGAUCCUUGAACCCUCAUCGCCAUCACGCCAAGAAUCUCCUCUUCAAAAAGAAAAGAACCCCCCCCCCCCCCCCCCCACAAAAAAAAAAAAAUCGAAUGGCCAUGAAAACCCAUCACAAGCUCAAGCUCCUCUUCGCCCGGCCCCCCUCCCCUCCUCGUUCUCUUGCUCUUCCUCCUCUUCCACUACUUCAGGACAAGUCGCGGCCGGCUCCGGGUGCGCGGCGGGAAAUCGGUCGAGGAAGGAUCCGAAUCGCGAGCCGCGAAACAGAGGCCUGGUGGUCUUCGCGGCGCGGCGAGGAGCUGACCUCGCAGGAGAUCCUCGACGCGCCGGGGGAGGUGGUGGGGAAGUCGGGUUACGGGACGCUGUAUCGGGCCGGGCGGGGUAGCGGGUCGGUUAUGAUGCUGAGGUUCCUGAGGCCCGCUUGCGGGGAGAGGGAGGAGGUCGCGGAGGCGGUUAGGGCUGUUGGGGCCGCGAGGCACCCGAACCUGGUGCCGCUGAGGGGGGUGUACGUGGGGCCGAGGGGGGAGAAGCUGUUCGUGUACCCGCACUUUGAGGGCGGGAAUCUGGCUCAGUUCUUGAAAGAUGGGAAAGCCGAAUCACACAGAUGGGAGAUCAUCUACAAGCUAUCUCUAGGCAUUGCCAGGGGAUUAGAUUACCUGCACAAUGGAUUACAAAAGCCCAUAACACACGGCAAUCUCAAGUCAAAGAACAUCCUACUCGAUUCAGACCACCAGCCUCUCCUCUCAGACUUCGGCCUUCACCUUCUUCUAAAUCCCACAGCAGCCCAAGAAAUGCUCGAGGCGUCAUCAGCUCAGGGCUACAAAGCCCCAGAGCUGAUAAAGAUGAAAAAUGCAAGCAAAGAGACUGAUAUCUACAGCCUCGGAGUAAUCUACCUUGAGAUUCUAACGCGAAAGGAACCCAUGAGCCUUCAUCUCCCAGCCUCAUUGAGGAACAUGUUUCUUGAGCAUAAAAUCUCCGAAGAGUUCAGCUUUGAUCUCGCUGAUGAAAGUAAGAAUAAAAACAAUACCAUCGAAGAAAGUCUGCGCAAGUUCUUUCACCUAGCAAUGGCCUGUUGCUCUCCUUCUCCUGUGUUAAGACCAGAUAUCAAGCAGAUUAUCAGAAAGCUCGAGGAGUUGUGAUUAUUGGAACUAAUACAAGAUUGACACAACUACAGAAGCUAAUAACUACCCUUUAGAGCAUUUGUAAGAAUACAGUGGGUCAUUUGGUGGUUGGGGGAUCACUUUGGCUUGUACCACUUAGCCCACUGACAGAAGAAAAGGGUGAAGAGCCGGACAAGAGCCAUGGCAAUGGAGUUUUAACGCAUGGGAGAAGAGAGCUGUGCUGUUCUUUUGGAGGGUAGCAUUUUGAAACUGUGGUGGCUGCAAUGAGCUGUUGAUUCUUGAAUUGUCAGUUACUUGUAAAGAAUGUGAAAGUAACAAAAGCUUGUGACCCAAAAAUCGAUUUACCGAGUUCUUGUCCUUGUUGACUGUUCCAUGCAUCUUCAUGAGUUAACGUGAUUGGGGUCCAUCGACAGAAGCUAACAUCUAUGAUUGGGGGGGAGAGAAUUGGUAUACUUUUUGUCAUUACCUCUGAGAGAUCACCAAAUAGCUCCAAAGUGCCAGUGUUUUUAUAUGUGCUGAGCCCUGGUGGAAACUGCAGAAUGCAUGUUAGCCAAAAGUUGUGGAAUAUGUUAUAUCUUUGGAAGUAUUUUAUGCUCGCAUGUGGGCAUCUUUUAAAAGGUUGGCUAAGGGCUAGCUCGUGUUGUACGCUCAAAUCUGCUCUCAACUGCUAUCAUCAUUGUUUUUAA